AUGGGGGAUUGGAUAUAUCGAUAUGCUUCAUUCUUGGAAACCAAAACAUCAGAACUAAAUGAUGAAAAGAAAUUAACAGAUAAUCUUUUAUACCAAAUGCUACCCAGAACAGUUGCCGAACAACUUAAGGGUAACAAAACUGUUAGUGCAGAAACAUUCGAAGAAGUGACUAUAUAUUUUUCAGAUAUCGUAGGAUUUACGUCUAUUUCGGCGGCCAGUACACCCAUGCAAAUAGUGGAAUUGUUAAAUACGCUAUAUUCAACGUUUGAUGGUAGAAUUGAUACUUAUGAUGUAUAUAAAGUAGAAACAAUUGGAGAUGCUUAUAUGGUAGCUAGUGGUCUUCCUGAAAGAAACGGUGACAAGCAUGUUGAAGAAAUAGCCACCAUGUCAAUAGAUUUAUUAACAGCUGUAAAACAGGUUAAUGUACCAAUACCAAUAGAAAACGAUUGUCUUCAGAUGCGUAUAGGUAUACACACAGGACCAUGUGUAGCUGGUGUUGUAGGUAUAAAGAUGCCUAGAUAUUGUUUAUUUGGUGAUACUGUAAAUACAGCUUCUAGAAUGGAAUCUACAAGUCAAGCAUUAAAGAUCCAUAUUAGUAAAGCUACCAGAGAUAAACUGGUAUUAACUGGUCGUUAUUUUAUAUCAACCAGAGGAGAACUCGAUAUAAAGGUGUGUUUAAUUUCCUGUCAUAUUCAUUAA